AUGGGUACCAGCUUCAAAUGGGUAGAGUCUCCCGAACACGGCGGGGGUGGACCCGACUGGGUAGAGAAUCACAUUGAAGCUUUCGUUUCGAUCGCUGGCACACAUCUAGCCAAAGCCAUGGCAGCAUUGCUUUCCGGAGAAAUGAAGGACACUGUGCAAAUGAAUCCAGCCGGUGCCUACGGCAUGUCCAUUAUUGCUGUUCUACAUCCCCCAGGACCUCUGACGGUUUCUUGCUUAUCAGUCCUAGAGCGAUUCUUUUCCAUGAAGGAACGCCAAAAGCUGUUCCGUAGUUGGGCAGGGGCCGCCAGCAUGUGGAUCAAGGGUGGUUCCGCUGUUUGGGGUAACUCGACGAGUGCCCCUGAUGACUUGCCGAACGCCGCGCUUUCUCAUGGCCAAGUUAUCGCUUUUCGGGACUCGCUGCAAUUGAACGCUGAGACUGUUGAUCAUGAUGUCAAGAACAUGACCGCGGAUGAAGCGGGGACCUGGAUCCUUGAGCAUACGCCGUCAAGCUUCCAGAAAAUGAUCGGUACGAACUACUCGUAUGGAAUUGAACGAGAUGCGGCGAUGCUGGACAAGAAUGAUUUGGACCAUACAAAAUGGGCCAAUCCUCUGGAGGCACGGCAAGUAUUACCCCGGGCGCCGUCGAUGAAGAUAUACUGCGUCUAUGGACAUGGCAAGGACACAGAGGUGAGCUCGCCGUACGUAAGAGGAAGGCACGAAUACGAUGACUCUACGACGGACCCCGAUCAACCGCACUGCAUCGAGCCCGAGCAGGAUGGUUGCCAAAGUCCUCGCCCACCCCUCGAUAUGCCCAUGUCCAGGCGCAGCUGGAUAGACUCUGAGUACACCGAUGAGCGCGUAAACCCCAAGAUCAUCAAUGGAGUCAAAAUGGGCGAAGGUGAUGGUACAGUGAGCCUCCUCAGCCUUGGAGCAAUGUGUGUCGAAGGUUGGAAACGGGAGAGAUGGAACCCUGCUGGGAUACCAAUUACAACUGUGGAGCUUCCUCACCAGCCAGUCGCAUCCAUACCUCGCGGAGGGGCGAACACUAGCGAUCAUGUUGAUGUCCUCGGGUCUACGGGCCUUAAUGAGAUCAUCCUCAAAGUGGCUACCGGAGUUGGUCAUGAAGUACAGGACAACUUCGUAUCUAAUAUUAGAGAAUACGCGAAGAAGAUACAGUGGGAUUAA